CAGUAGGCAGUGACGGACUGUAGGCAGUAGGGUGUUCAGCUCCCUAGUAGCAGUGUCUCCCUCUCUGCUCAACUUUUCCCCCAGGCUUAUACUCAGUCCUCCUCACUGAAUGGGCUCAGGAGAGGCGCGUACAGCUCCAUCAAACCCAAUACUCCGUUUUAAACCGAUUUAUCACCGUCUAAACCGCUUUUUAACCUGAGAAAACUGCACGUAGCUAGUGUAGAGAGUGAGUGGACAUGGCUCCAGCAGCGGCUCCGUGCACAUCCGGGCCAUAGCGCAGCGCCUCCAUUAUUAUUCCCAGCUCACUGUGAGUGAGAGAAAGCGGCCAGGCUGGCUCAGCGCAACGAGCAGAAAACGGGCAAUAAAAAACAAACCGGGGCUUUAACACGGGAUUUCUCCGACCAAGCUGGAAAGAUAAGGGACAUGUCUAAUCAAGGGGGAAGGAGAAACGGGCCUGUGAAGUUGCGUUUAACAGUGCUGUGUGCGAAGAAUCUGGCGAAGAAAGACUUCUUUCGCCUGCCUGACCCCUUUGCUAAGGUGGUGGUGGACGGUUCCGGGCAGUGCCACUCCACAGACACAGUCAGAAACACUCUCGACCCCAAAUGGAACCAACACUAUGACCUAUACAUCGGGAAGUUGGACUCCAUCACUAUCAGUGUUUGGAACCAUAAGAAGAUCCACAAGAAGCAGGGCGCCGGCUUUCUGGGCUGCGUACGGCUCCUCUCCAACUCCAUCAACCGCCUCAAAGACACUGGCUAUCAGAGACUGGACCUCAACAAGUUGGGACCCAAUGACAGUGACACCGUGAGGGGCCAGAUAGUAGUGAGCCUGCAGUCCAGAGACAGAAUCGGAAGUGGUGGGCCGGUGGUGGACUGCAGUCGUCUGUUUGAUAAUGAUCUACCUGAUGGCUGGGAGGAGAGGAGAACUGCAUCGGGUCGAAUCCAGUACCUGAACCACAUCACACGCAGCACGCAGUGGGAGAGACCCACCAGGCCGGCAUCAGAGUACUCGAGCCCCGGUCGGCCGCUCAGCUGUCUGGUGGAUGAGAACACUCCCAUUAUGACCCCUAAUGGUGCAGCAGGUGUGCAGGCUGGUGACCUGCGGGUUCAGGAGAGGCGCGUCCGCUCCCAGAGACACAGAAACUACAUGAGCCGAACUCAUCUCCACACUCCUCCAGACCUACCCGAGGGCUACGAGCAACGGACCACACAGCAGGGUCAGGUGUACUUCCUGCACACCCAGACAGGAGUCAGCACGUGGCACGACCCCAGAGUACCCAGGGAUCUGAGUAAUGUGAACUGUGAGGAGUUGGGACCUCUGCCUCCAGGCUGGGAGAUCAGGAACACAGCCACAGGCCGGGUUUACUUUGUGGACCACAACAACAGAACCACGCAGUUCACUGACCCACGACUCUCGGCCAACCUGCACCUCGUCCUCAAUCCCAGUCCUAAUGGUUCCCGUAGUGCAGGCGAGGCUCCAAACAGUCGAGUCAGUCAGCUGAAGGACCAGGCCCAGUCUGCGCUGUCUCCUGGUAACCUGCCUGAAGACGCAGAGUGUCUGACUGUGCCCAAGUACAAGAGGGACCUGGUGCAGAAGCUGAAGAUCCUCAGGCAGGAGCUCUCACAGCAGCAGCCGCAGGCGGGGCACUGCCGCAUCGAGGUCUCCCGUGAGGAGAUCUUUGAGGAAUCAUACCGCCAAGUGAUGAAGAUGAGGCCAAAAGACUUGUGGAAGAGGCUGAUGGUGAAGUUCAGAGGCGAGGAAGGUCUGGACUAUGGAGGCGUGGCCAGGGAGUGGCUGUACCUCCUCUCUCACGAGAUGCUGAAUCCAUACUACGGGCUCUUCCAGUACUCACGAGAUGACAUCUACACUCUACAGAUCAACCCAGACUCCGCCGUUAACCCGGAACACUUGUCCUACUUCCACUUCGUGGGCCGAAUAAUGGGCAUGGCUGUGUUCCACGGCCACUACAUCGAUGGCGGCUUCACCCUGCCCUUCUACAAACAGCUGCUGGGCAAACCCAUCACCCUGGAUGACAUGGAGUCUGUGGACCCUGACCUCCACAACAGUCUGGUCUGGAUCCUUGAUAAUGACAUCACAGGAGUGCUGGACCACACGUUCUGUGUAGAACACAACGCCUAUGGGGAGAUCAUUCAGCAUGAGCUCAAACCCAACGGCAAGAGCAUCCCCGUCACCCAGGAUACCAAAAAGGAAUAUGUCAGGCUUUAUGUGAACUGGCGGUUCCUGAGAGGCAUCGAAGCUCAGUUCCUGGCUCUGCAAAAAGGCUUCAAUGAGGUCAUACCACAACAUCUGCUCAAGGCCUUCGAUGAGAAAGAGCUUGAGCUGAUUGUGUGCGGCCUGGGUAAGAUCGACAUAAACGACUGGAAGUCCAACACGCGGUUGAAGCACUGCACGCCCGACAGCAACAUUGUGAAGUGGUUCUGGCGAGCUGUGGAGUUGUUCGAUGAGGAGCGGAGAGCUCGACUGCUGCAGUUCGUCACCGGCUCCUCCAGAGUGCCGCUGCAAGGCUUUAAAGCCCUACAAGGAGCUGCAGGCCCACGUCUCUUUACCAUCCAUCAGAUUGACGCCAACACCGACAACCUGCCCAAGGCCCAUACAUGCUUCAAUCGCAUCGACAUUCCUCCAUACGAGCUCUACGACAAGCUCUAUGACAAGCUUCUGACAGCCAUCGAGGAGACCUGCGGGUUUGCUGUGGAGUGAUUGCGCUUGCGUUUGGAGGAUGAGCCGCUUAGUGGGAGGAGUUGACCUGUCACUCGAGCCCAGAUGGGGCGUGGCUUAUGGUGCAGCAGCACCGCCCCUGUCAUCAGAAGCAGGGAAAGGAGUAGGAGGAGUAAGAAGAUGAGGGGGAACAGAUGGAGUAUCCUGCAGCAUUCUAUGCCUGAUAUGGGUUUUUCUCUGCAUCCCUGCGUAUUUUAUUAUUGUUUUUUUUAUUUUUAUUAUUAUUGUUUUUUUUUAUUCAAGAGAAGAAUGGACUUUUUCAGCUGCUAGUAACUCAGACUUUUUGACUUUUUAUCGUUUUUUGGAACAUACAGCAUAAAAACUACGGCUCUUCCUCUUCUGCUUUUCUUUUUAUAGCAUUAAUGAAACAAACAAAAAAAGAUAUAGACAUUAUUUCAUGUAGCGUCUGUACCAACAACUGACUGAGGGAAAAGGAGGGACACUGACGGGAUGCUGUGCUAACAGAGCAUUGCUGCAUAAGCUAACAUAAGAGUAGCACUACUGCCCUUACUACAGAUAAAACGACGAGACGAGACGAGACGAGUGGAAGACGCAGAUCAGUGACGCAGAAGGAGACUAAAAGCAGUUGCGUUUCUUGGUCACGUGGACUUGGAAGCCCUCGUGGUAGCAGGCCCUGUUCUUCUGAAGUAGUGGACGUAUGGUGGACCUUUGGGGCCCAGAUAUGCCCUUGCAAUCUACAGGGGCCCUGUGAUAAAGGCACCUGUUAAGGGCCCUAGUAUAAGUGCCCUACUAUCCACUGUUCAAAGCCUGUAGACACCAGGAACCAUCCUAACUACCUGUGCUCCAUUCCGUAAGAGCAGUCUCAUCAGCGGUCUGAUGUAUAAGCUUCUUUAAACUGAAUUGAAUGAAUGAAUGAAAGAUUGCUUGAUAGAUAGAUAGACUGACUGAUUGAUUAAUUGAUUAGUUAGAUUAGGUAGGUUAGUGAUAUUUUUAUAUGACGCAGGGUUGAGGGGUAAAACAGAGAAAUGAACAACCAAAUUAUUAUUGUUAUAGAUCUAUAAUUUAUUACCCUUAUUGCAGAAAAACGUGUUGCAUCCAGAGCAAAAAAAAAGAAAGAAAAAAAAACAAGAAAGAAGAAUUUAUGCAUUAUGCAUUGCUUUGUCUAAUGGAUGAUUGAUAUUUUAAGUUUCUCACAGAAAAAAAAAAAAAACAGAAAGAUGAGCCGAAUGUUGAACUCACUGUUAAAGGAUCCAUUUUUUUAAUGCCGUUAAUUAUAGCAAUUUGAUUUAAUCAUAAUCCAUCAAAUCUAAACCCUGUCCACAUAAAUUCUGGGAUGGACCAUUAUACCAUAAAAAUUGUGGUAUAUUGUGAUCUUACCAAUCAGUAUUUACAGUCAUAUAUAGUAUCAGUCAAAAGUUGAGACACAUGUUCAAUUCUAAAUUCUAAUAAUAAACCAAAAUAAAGCAAAAUGUUUUAUAUUUUAGAUUGUUCAAAGUAGCACCUCUUGCUUAGAUGACAGCUUUGCUCAGUUUUAUGAGGUAGAGUCACCUGGAAUUCAGGCUUUCAGUUAACAGCUGUGCUGAACUCAUCAAGAGUUAAUUACUUGAAUUUAUUGCCUCUUAAUAAAGUGUUUGAGAGCAUCAGUUAAAGUAAAGUAGUGAAGAGGUAGAGUUACAGGUAUACAGUGAAUAGUGAAUAUUUGAGUAAUGUUCUAAUCCAGAUUAUGAGAAGCAACAACUACUCAACUAAAUAAAGAAAAGUAAAAAAUACCUUUAAAAAAUGAAGGUCAGUCAAUCUGAAAGUCAAUUUCAAGAAUUUGAAAGUAUCCUCAAGUGCAGUCACAAGAUAGACCAUCAAAUAAUUUAUGAUGAUGAAACUGGCACUCAUCAGGGCCACCCAAGAAAGGAAGAGCAAGAGUUUCCUCUGUUACGCAGGAUAAAUUCAUCAGCCUCAGAAACCCCAAGUUAACAGCUCCCCAGAAAAUAGUAUUUUGGUUUGUUUAACACUUUUAAGUUACUACAUGAUUUAACACUUUUAAGUUACUACAUGAUUUAACACUUUUAAGUUACUACAUGAUUUAACACUUUUAAGUUACUACAUGAUUUAACACUUUUAAGUUACUACAUGAGUCUCUUCAUAGUCUGGAUCACUUCACUAUUCAUUUACAAUGUAGGAAAAGUGUCUAAACUUUUGACUGGUACUGUAAAUGCAUUCACUGUGCAGGAAUUUGACCCUCCAGGACUAGAGCUGUCUACCACUGUUUUAACACCUAACUCAGUGUGUGUGUGUGUGUGUAUGAUACCCCCUUUGUGCCCUUUGUGCCCAUGGAAACUAGUUUCUUAACACCACACCUCCCCCACCCCACCUAUACUAUUGUACUAUUGAGUAACUAUUGAGUAUCAACACUAAAGAGUUUCCCACUUUUCUCUACAAAAGUGGAUGUAAGUAAGUAUUGUUUUCUUGGGGCUUUGAGGGGGCUCAGCAGCCAUAAGACACUGAUACUGCUGUUUCUCCAUCAGCAGCCGGAGUCCGAGAGAGCACAGUUGGUCAUGCUGUCUCUAAAUGGGUGGGUACAGUAGAUGGCGCUCUCUCCCCUCAUCACUUACAGUGUGUUACUGGCUGAUACAGGCAUCUGUUAGCUGAUGUAUCAGAGCUGGAGAUCCGGCGCUUUCCUCCAAGUGUGAUGUGAUGUUGCACUGAUUGGCAGCAGAUGAGAAAAAGUAUCGAAGGAGGCCUGCACUUGUCCUGACCCUCCUGGUGUCGGGAGUUAGUUUAUUGGCUCAGCUAAAUUAGAGAGAGCAUAGUUCCUUAAGUGCUAUAACAGUCUAUGAUAAAGUAAUGCAAUUAACAAAAUGCAAAAGUUAUAAAAUUACCUAAAUCAUUAAUUUGACUAAAUAUAAACAUAACAGUGUAAAAAGUUACACUGACAUGCCACAAAGUCAUGGGAUUAUACAGUUUAUAUAUAUUAAUCAGGAAGGAACACUCUCACAUGUAUACAUUGUGAGGUGUUAUCUUGUGAGUGAGGGUUAAACAGAGAUGUAUAAAGUACUUCAGACCCAGACUUGAGUAAAAUUUCAAGUUCUCUAUCAAAAUAUACUGUAUUGCAAAUGAUUUAUUGUAAAAUGUAGUAGUGAAGUACUGCACGAAAAACUACAGUACUGUGUUAUUAGUGUAGUUAUUACAAAAAACAGUGGAAAGUCCUCAGAAUGAAAGGCAAGAACAGGAGCAGCGAGAUCUUCUAAUAAGAUCAGCUUGAUCUCUUGAUACAUCUACCUACAUCCACCUACCGGUCUGUCUUUAGUGAUAAUGUGGGUUUAGAAUGAUUACUAACGUUUUUAUAAAAAAUGUUUCGGAUUAAAAGUAUUAAACUCGUUCAAAAUAUACAGUUAAGUAAAAGUGGAAUUAGGAAAUAAAUGAGUACUACUAAAUUAAUACUCCAUUAGAUACAGAUACUUUAUUUUAGUACUUAAGUACAGUAUUGAUGUAAAAAUAAUACUGUAGUAGAUACAGAUACAGCAUUUUAGUACUUAAGUACAAUACUGUACUGAAAAUAAUACUCCAUUACAUGCAGAUACAGCAUUCCCUACAGUACAGAGAAGUACUUCUAAUGUGUUACUAUACAUCUCUGGGAUAAACCCUGGCCAACAUGCUCAUGGCAAUGCACCGUUAAUUAUACUACAGUUAGUUUGGACCCUACAAUGUGAUUGGCUGAGAGGCUUUCUUUGAGUGCUGUUAUCAGCCAGUAAUGCAAAUCAGCCUGUAACCGAAGCUCUCCGUGUAUUACUUCGCCACAUACUGGUAAACUAGCAACGAUGCAGCGCUUACAAGCCAAACAGCGCAGCUACAAACAGAGCAACAAUGGAACUAUUUUAACUCGCUACCUUAAGUGUUUAUAACCAAACAGAUCAUAUUUUCUCCUCCUCUUUAACUUAAAAUAUUUUAAUGAACUCUGAUAAUGGAACUGUGUUUUAUACAUGCUCAAUAAUACACCUCGAGUGUAUUAUUGCUUAAUUAUUUUAAAAUUAUUAUAAAACUUUCUCGAUCCAUAGAAAUAGUACACAAUGUGUAACAGAGAUACAUCAUAAAAGGUUAACUUACCACCAACAGUAAAUUUUAGUGCUUGGUAGUGUGUUGAAAAAUGAUCAUGACCAGCAGCUUCUGGCUAGAAUGAUCCAUUCGAACAGAAAUCAAUCACGUCUACAUUCAGUGCAGGAGACCCCACAUGCAUAUCCCUUAAGAUACUAUGUUAUGAUACUAGUUACUGUCCCAUGACUUUUGGCACAUCAGCGUAUACUUCUUGCCCAAAUAAUGUGUUUAAAGCAUCUCCUCCUCUACAUUAUUAUUACGAUAUUAUUUAAAAGAAAAAAAAAUUAAAUAAAUAAAUACAAUGCAUCGCUUUUUAUUUCGCGGUGUCGUUCACCAGUAGGUGGAGUUUUUAAGCUGUCCUUUUUCCCUGCGAAGCGAAUCUUCAUCAUGUAUUUAUUUAAAUUUUAUAAGCUCAUAUUAGAUGGUUGAAUGGUUGAGAUAAUACUCUACACGUCUAUUGCAAUCCUCUACGACCAUGGACUGUUGUUAAAAUUUGCAUAUGCUGAUAAUGAACUAUACUUCUUCUUCUUCUUCUCUUUGUAUUAUGUUUUUCUUUAUAUAGACUUGAGUGUGAAUAUUAAACAGAAAAGGUGGAAAAAAGAUAAGCCUCUGGAUAAAAUGGAUAUAAAAUGAUCCUGAAAAGGUGCUUUGUACAGUAAUAGAAUAUCGUCCUUAUACAGUCGGCUACGUGGAUCACAGAACCUGUCGUAUAUCUUUAACUUAAAUAGAAAGAUAUGAAAUAAAACAUUGGGGGGAAAAGUACACGUUUUGCACACUUAAGCAAGCUGUAAUUGCUGUAAAUAAUAGGCAAAAAAUCUAUUUACCGAACUCUAUGAAUGGAACGACCUUUUUUUAUUAUGUAUUUCAUUUUAUUCUCAAGUCCAGUGCACACAUACAGACUCUCUUCUCGUCUUUAGUUUUUGGUUUGUAUGUUUUAUUGGUUUAUUUCUUCUCUCUCUUUCUCUCUUCUUGACGUCACUCCUCUGUUGUACAGCUGCCUCCAGGACGUUGGACUGGACGAUGUUUUGGCAUGUUCAAAUUUGAGAGACGCCUCUGGUUUAUUUUAGCAUGAUUUUACUAGCAGGACUAUAUCUCAUAGUUGACAGGUGCAAUUUGUUUAAUGUAACACACUAUCUUUUUUGUAAGAGUAUUUUAUUUUUGUGUGUAAUUAGUUCUGAUUAAACUGGCCUUUGGCACCAAUGGC